AUGUCGACUUCAACAAUGAUCCUCGCGGGCGGCACCUCGUCCACUUCGACCGCCCCCUCCGCCGAGAACACCAAAGACGUCCUCUCCGAAGCGAACCGCUCCUCGUCGGCCAUCAUCGCCGCGUCGACCGUCGUCUCGUUCAUCGUCCUCGUCCUCGCAGGCCUCCUCGUCUUCUUCCGCGUGUCGCGCAAGCUCCGCAGGCGCAGCGAGCAGCGCAGGAAACUCGAGGCCACGCGCGCAGAGGCCGGCGGCGGGACCACCGAGGGCGCGAGGGGCGGUGUGGCGGCCCAGAAGAAGAAGCGCGCAAAGGCGAGGAACGCGUUCGAGGACAAGGAGUGGGAAGGCGUCCCUGCUUGACCUCCCUCUCGGCCUUCGCUCCCCCG